CCAACAACCGGCAAUCAGUUCACAGCCAACGCUCAAAGUGAGAACUAGAACCCGUUUUUCACACCAACUACCUAAAACAAUACAAAAUCAACAAACAUGAAAUUCUUCGCAGUUGCUGUUUUGCUAGCCUUCGUCGCCGUCGCUGCUGCGCAAGAGGGCGUCGGCAAGUUGACCGAGGAGCAGAAACAAAAGGUACACGCUGCAGCUGCUGAAUGCUUGAAGGAAACCGGUGCUUCCGAAGAGGCGAUUCGUGCUCUCCUCAAAGGCGAUGACAGUCAAGUCGAUGGCAAAGUCAAAUGCUUCGCCAAGUGCAUGCUAGGUAAUUUGGGCUUUGUAGAGAAUGGUAAGGUCAAUGAGGAAAAGGUACAGAACAUUUUGGGCAAAUUGAUCGGCGAGGAGAAAGCUAAAGCUGCUCAAGCUAAGUGCAAUGGUUUGAAGGGUACCGACGAAUGUGACACCGCCUACCAAAUUCGCCAAUGUUAUGCAGCUGGACACGAGAGCUUCGUUUUUUAAACACGGUCAAGAAGAGUAGUUAUGCGAAGAAAAUAUAAACAUUAAUACUCUUCAGACACCUCUUUAUGUUGCAAAUAAAGUUCACGUACUGUUCAUGUGUUUUAAAAAUUAAA